ACAGUGUCUGUGAGCGACCCCACAGCUCCAUAGAUCGGACGGUGUACCUGAUUGAUGCUGCAAAUUCUGCAACAGGAAUACCUCGCAAAUGAAGCUUGGAAAAGCCGGGUGAAUCUAAGUUUGGCUAGACAGGCAUCAUUCAGGCAUCUCCGGAGGGUCUGGUUGCCAGCCUGAGAGCCGCUUCAGGACAGCAACCUUACUAUCAGGCACGUAAAGAGCGUCAAUCUUGUUUGGACAGACAUAGCAAGAUCUGUGAGGACCACAAUUACGCCGUUAGGCCUCUGUCACCGACGGAGACGCGGCAAAGAUACCGUACACUCACAAACAUGGGUGGCUCCGAAAAUGCAUAUGAACCCUGUGUUUGUUACAACAUUCGCCCACAUUCCGAAUCCUGCUCAGUCAAGCAUCAACAUCAUGAGCGAUCGCCACAACUACACAUUCCUCCCUAAUCCGCCUCCGCGCGGUACCCAAUGGCUACCUAACGGUCAGCAGCCCCCUCGCCAAUCAUCUUCCUAUCAACAAACUCAGCAUGGCUAUCAGGCGGCACCGAGCAAUUAUAUGACCACGCACCCUGCCUCAUCUUCACCUUAUGCAAUGACUGGCAUGGUACCAUCGAGUACACACUACGCAGCAAAUAAUUCUACCGCUGCACCAUCACAACCUUAUCCCCCAAACCCUGCUGUCAGUCCAUACAAUCAACAAAGACAUAUGCAUCCACCACAAGAAUACCCCGUGCGCCAGCCUCCGGCUCAUUCGCCGAAUCAGAUAUAUCCACCGGCGGUAUCUUCGCGCAGCCCUAUCUUGCCGAAUGCCACGCAGUCAUACGUCAUCGAUGGGCAGAUGGCGCCAACGGUGCAAUACCCAGCAUCCCCAACACGACCAUUCUCCUGCGACAUGUGUGCUCUGUCGUUUAACCGGCAACAUGAUUUGAAGCGACACAGAGAUACACACUCGGGAGAGAAACCGUUCUUGUGCAACGGAGGCUGUGGAAAGACAUUCACAAGGAAAGAUGCACUGAAAAGGCACCAGCUCGUGAAACAUUGUGGAUAUGACGAAGAUGCGCGUUGAAAUGACACUGUUUCGGCACUUUCAAUCACCAAUCGCUCGAAUGCAAUUUACUUCACAUAUUAAUCAUAUAUUCGACAUCGAUGCAGGAGAAUUUGUACUGAAAGGAGUUCUGCAUAGUGAAACUGCAAUGUAACAUGUUAACAUAUUUAUGCAUCUG